UCCGGCAGGAGAGCCGCGCGGUUCGUUUGAUCGCUGGACGUCGGUCACCGACAGUCGACAGAUCAUCUGUUCAGAAUGUUAGAAAGUUUAUUAAACAUGAACGCGUUUGACUUCGAGCGUCAAUUUGAUGAUCAACGCGCAAAUGAAUGGUUUCAACACAACUGUGGAAUAGCGUUUCUGCUGUCUGCUACAUAUGCAGCAGUCAUAUAUUUUGGGCGUGUCUUCAUGAAGGACAGACAGAAGUUGGACUUGAGGACUCCUCUCAUGCUCUGGUCAUUGUGUCUGGCUGUGUUCAGUAUAAUGGGAGCAUUGAGGACGGGCUGGUACAUGCUCAAUGCUGUGAUGUCACACGGGCUCCAGCAGUCAGUGUGUGACACGGCGUUCUUCAGCGCCCCUGUCAGCAAGUUCUGGGCGUUCGCGUUUACUCUGAGCAAAGUCCCUGAACUCGGUGACACCGUGUUUAUAGUUCUUCGUAAGCAGCGUCUGAUCUUCCUGCACUGGUAUCAUCACAUCACCGUACUUCUGUACACUUGGUACUCGUAUAAAGAGCGCGUGGCGGGUGGCGGCUGGUUUAUGAUGAUGAACUACACCGUCCACGCGUUUAUGUACAGUUAUUACACCGCUAAAGCAGCCGGCACACGUGUGCCAAAACCGUUCGCCAUGUUGAUCACGGUGCUGCAGAUUCUGCAGAUGGUGGCAGGUUUGAGCGUGCUGGCGCUCGUCUACAGAUGGAAACACGACGUUCACUGUGUAUCCACCACGCACAACAUCAUGUAUGGAGCCUUGAUGUACCUCAGUUACCUGGUGCUCUUCUGCACUUUCUUCUAUCAGUCUUACAUGAAACGCUCUGGAGAGAAACAGGACGAGAAGAGAGUGAAAGGAGAGUAAGAACUCACAGUGAUGAUGGUCUAUAUGUCGGAUUUUUGUUCUUUUUAAGCAGAAAGAUCUCUGAAACAUCUUUAGUAGAUUACACUGCAUGAUAAAAAUACAGGAAGGACUCGAUGUGGAUGAGGGUGAAUCUCAUGAAUCCUGUCAAGAACAUGUCCAGCUCAUGUUUCACUCUAAAAUCAACAGAAAGAGAUAAGAAAUGAGAUUUUGCAUAAGGAAAAUGAAGCCUAUUUUUAUGUAAGGCCAAACUGUUCAAAAUUAAACUGUUAAACAAGUAGUUUUUGUUUUAUGGAUAUUAUGUAAAGUUUUAAAGCAUAAAUGUGUUUUUUCAUGGAUUAUUACAAAAUUAAUCGGUAAUGAUUCCAUUUUAUUAAAAAAUAAAUUUGUACAUUUAAUUAAUAUUUUCUUAUUGAUUUAAUUAUUUCAUUUUGAGUCUUGUAGUCCUUCAUAAUUAAUAUAAAUAAUUAAAUACAUAAUGAAAUUGUUAAUAAAAACACUAAUUAUUAAAUCACUAAAUAAAUUAAUAAAUGUGCCUUGUAUUUCAUUUUAGCAUUAAACCGAUUUUAAACUGAAGAGCUUUGUGUCUUUAUUUUCAGAGUUAUGGUCGAAAGAUAAUGUUAAAAUGAACAUUUUACGUUUUAUUUAAUGUAAAUGUUAAUUUAAUGAUUUUUAGUUUUUUAAAAGAAGUAAUGCAUUAUUUAUUUAAUUUUGAGUAAUUUGGCUCUUGGUCAUUUUUGGUGAAAUGGUUUGUUUUAGUGAGGACUGUUUCAUUGUUUUCAAGACAAAUAAGGAAAUUUCCUCUUAAAAAUCUCAUUACUGUAAAUCAAUGAUUGUCUGAGGAAAAAUAAUAUGUUGAUUUAUUGCAUAUUAUUAUUGUUAUUAUUUUUAAUAACUUUUUUUAUUAAACACUUUUUUUUCUAAAUAUAACCUGGCCAUUCUAGACAGGUUUGGUAAGAUUCACCCACCAAUGAAAUGUAGUAUUUAAUGAGUUAAUGAUGAAAUAUUUUGUAUUUUUGUAUCACAGUAAAAACAGACACAUUCUCCCAUGAUGUCAUUCUCAUUCAUCAGAAUGUCGUGUAAUAUUUGAUUGUAUUAUAUGAAUGUGUUUCUGUAUUCUGAUGUAGAGUCACACCGCUCAUGUUACAUGUCAUCCUAUUGAACACACCUGAUUAACAUGAUCAGCUCGUUAGUGGAAGCUAAUGAUCAACUGAUCUGUGUGUGUCGGAUCAAAAUGUGCAUCAUUAUGAGUGAUCUGUCUGUAAAUGGGAAUAUGAAAUUGCUGUUUUGCUCAAUAAUCAUUUAAAAAUAACAUCUCACAGACGUUCAUUAUAUAGUAUAACAAAUAUACAUUAAAGCACUACUGAGUCUUAGGAUUAAUCUAUAAUGUUUACAAUCUUAAGCACUUCAGUAUGAGUAACUGUGCACAGCAGUACUGAGAUGUGUUUGACUGGCAGUGUUUAGAUGACAGAAGGUGUUUGUAGUUUCUGUCAGACUGAGACGGUAAAGUUGUCCUUCUGGUUCGUCCUCAUAUGCAGUUUAGGGUGUUAUUUGGUUGACUGCCAGAGCAGGUAGAUUACCAGCCACUGUGAUGUUGUAACACCGGCUCAGGUGAGAGAAUCACAGGAAUGUGUUCACAGGUGUGUUCUAGAUUCUUCUGCAGAUACUGACCUCAGACUCCAGUGGUAUUAUGUACUGAAUGUGCAUGAAACAUUUAUAAUCCAUCCCUCAAUCUUUAAUUAGGGCAUUUUCAUUCUGUGUGAUAGAUUUAGAAUUCAUCCAAACACAAUUACCUCUGAAGGGUGCCUGGACAUUAUUAAAACGUUCUUUUAUCAUUGUUGCAUUAACAAAUUAUACCACAUGUUGUUUGUUUUCCAAAGACUUUUUGAAAGAGAAGUUUCCUGAUAAGAUGUCAUGUUGUUUAUUAUACUGUAUCAUGCAGUUUAUUGACUUUAUGACAGAGUGAGUUCCCUUUUCUGACUGCCAGUUUGCAUGAGAAGAUGCCAGAAAUUCACAGUUAUGAAUGUAAAUAAAAAUACCUUAUAAAUGUA